UUUAUUAGAGUGCGGCUACACGUUGUUAACAUUGACCAACGAUCAUCCGACAGAGAUACUCGUGUAUUGAAGAUAGCCAACAAUAAACGUUCAGAAUUGUGCAUAUCGUGACAAAAUGACGAGAUUUAUAUUGAUUUGUGUGAUUUUAUUCCAAUUAACGUGGAUUUAUGCGUAUCCAAAGUCGCAAGGCGUAGGCGUGUACAGUUAUCAGGACUCAGCGGGCAAUAGGUACGGUGGAACGUUCGACCCGCAGGAAACAUUUACACCAUACGGUGAUCCCUUCGGAACACCUUUCAACGAUAUCGACAAUUUUAUGCCCGAUUUCUUUAGGAACUACGACAAUAUACUUAAACUGGUUUUUGGUUCUGACUAUGAGAGUCAGAGAUUAGCAUCAUACGCCGCUCGUAAAGCUUAUGACAUAACAUAUAACCGCGGUGGUUAUAAUUAUAAUUUCUUUAGGUUCCCAUUUUUCGCUGGAGGCCAAUUUGGACCAGGUGAUUUUAUUCCCAAUAUGGACAACAGUCCGUACCAAUCAGCCUUCGCUAGUGCCUCAGCUGGACCGGGUUACAGGCAUCAAGUAGCCGCUAUUAACCCUGCUAAUGCUGGAAUGCCGAACAUAGAUGUGACUAGCCGUUCCGGUGGCGGUAAUGGUGAUCCUAAUUUUGUCAGCGUUUCCAGUUCCUCAUUCGCGUCGUCAUCCAAUGUUGACGGAAAGGUCACAGGCUACCGAAAUGCGGAAACCGUGGUAAACGAAAACGGAAAGAUUACCAAGUAUAAGGUUCACAAUUAACUAUGAUAACGGUUUAAAUAGCGCCUACUAUCCAGUAUUGUAAUAAAAAAAUAUUGAUUAUAAUUUUAUGUAUAUCCAAACAACAUGUGUCCAUAAGGCUGUGAUUAGAUUUCAACAUUGUUUUAUGUAGAUUUAUCUCCAUAUGACUUGUUUAAAUAUAAAAAUCUAUAUUGUUGUAAUAAUUAUCGAUUCUCUGUUAUAAUAAUAAGUAUUUAUAUAUAUGUGUGCGUAAAAUAAAUAAUAAGGCGCUCAAAGAAAUAUUGUAUUAUUUAUAUUUUUGUAGAAAAAUAAUGUAAUAAAAACGGUCUAAAAUAUAUGUUAUAUCUACCUGCAAAUUGUGAUUGAAUUUCA